UCAUCAUGUGGCCCAAGCUCGACGUCCUUCAAGAAAUUUGCUCGGCGACACUAUUCACACUCCCUUUAUACGGUGUAGGAAUACAUCUUCUCCUAUCUCAUCGCUAGUAGCCAAAGACUAGGAGCUUAUACUAUGACGCUCUUUAUCCUGACCGAGACGCCGGCGGGCUACGCCAUCCUUAAAGCCAAGGACAAGAAGCUGCUCAAGCGCGAUGACUUGGCCAAGGAAGCAGAGACUGCGCAGGGCGUGUGCAGUCUGCUCAAGCUAAAAGAGUUCAAAAAGUUCGAGAGCGCAAGCAGUGCGCUGGAGGAGGCGGCGGCGUUGACGGAGGGGAAGGUCACACCUAUGCUAUCGAACAUGCUCAACACGCUCAAAGAUGAGAAGAAGGUUUCGCUCGCUGUCGCCGAUCCUAAGCUGGGCAAUGCUAUCACCAAGAUCCCAGGCCUGCAAAUUAGUCCCGUCUCCGAUUCAGCUACCGCCGAUCUGUACCGUGCCAUCCGCGAACACCUACCAUCGCUUAUACCCGGCCUCAUGCCGGAAGAGAUCAACUCGAUGAGCCUAGGCCUGUCACAUUCUCUAUCUCGACACAAGCUCAAGUUCUCGCCGGAUAAAGUCGACACCAUGAUCAUCCAGGCUAUCGCUCUACUGGACGACCUGGACAAGGAGCUCAACACAUAUGCCAUGCGAGUCAAGGAAUGGUAUGGCUGGCACUUCCCGGAAAUGGCUCGCCUCAUCAAUGACAACCUAGCCUACUCCCGUGUUAUCCUAGCCAUGGGUAUGCGCUCAAAUGGCGCCAAUACCGAUCUCAGUGAUGUUCUACCGGAAGAGAUUGAAGGCGCCGUCAAAGCUGCCGCGGAGAUUUCUAUGGGUACCGAAAUCACCGACGAGGAUCUGGAGAACAUCCAAGCCCUGGCCGAGCAAGUCGUUGGAUUCACCGAGUACAGACAACAACUCUCGUCUUAUUUGUCUGCGCGUAUGCAAGCCAUCGCACCGAACCUUACCGCGCUGGUCGGUGAGCUGGUCGGCGCUCGGCUAAUCGCCCACGCCGGCUCGCUCAUGAACCUAGCCAAGUCCCCUGCUUCGACAAUUCAAAUCCUUGGCGCCGAAAAAGCGCUCUUCCGUGCGUUGAAGACCAAGCACGACACGCCUAAGUACGGCCUCAUCUAUCAUGCCAGCCUCAUCGGCCAAGCGAGUGGCAAGAACAAGGGCAAGAUAGCGCGUAUGCUGGCAACGAAGACGACACUCGGUCUUCGUGUUGAUGCGCUCAGCGACUGGGGCACAGCCGGCGAAGGCGGCAAGGAUGAGCCUACCGAGGAGGAGAAGAUGGCUACUGGAAUCCAAGCGCGCGCGAUGCUGGAGCGGAGACUACGCGGUAUGGAGGGCAAGCCGCUCAAGCCUUCAGGUGUGGCUAUCGGUCCGCAAGGCCAGAGGCAGCAGGGCCAACCUGGCAAAUGGGAAAUCAAGGAAGCGAGGAAGUACAAUCCGGAUGCGGACGGUAUUGCUCCGGACGCGAAGCCUGCUGUCAAUGGCGUGAGCAUGAAUGUAGGCAAGAAGAGAUGACGAGGAUGACGACGAGGAUGACGUGGAUGAUGAGAAUGACGAGGGCGACGCUAUCCUCAUCACAAA